UUGGCGGAGAAUUGUAGGUGGUGGAGACGCGAAGCCCUCCGUCGAUGGAUCAUCUACGCUGCCGCCCUCUCCUCCUCUCGCUCCUCCUCCUCCUCCUCCUGUGCUCGGUGGUGAUCGCCUCCUCCUUCGGCGGGGGUGCUGGACCCGAUGAAGAUCCGCUGAUCCUGCAGGUGGUGGACCUGGAGAAGGACGGGCUGACGCUUAACGCGGAGGCGCACUUCACCAGCUUCAUGAGCCGGUUCGGGAAGACCUACGCCGACGAGGAGGAGCGCUCCCACCGGCUCAAGGUGUUCAAGGCGAACCUCCGGCGGGCGGCGCGGCACCAGCGGCUGGACCCCACCGCCGUCCACGGGAUCACCAAGUUCUCAGACCUCACCCCCGCCGAGUUCCGCAGCGCCUACCUCGGCCUGCGCCGCCAGACCCCGGCGUCCUCCCAUCAGGCGCCCAUCCUCCCCACCAACGACCUCCCCACCGACUUCGAUUGGAGGGACCACGGCGCCGUCACCGGCGUCAAGAAUCAGGGUUCCUGUGGGUCGUGCUGGUCCUUCAGCGCUGCGGCGGCCUUGGAAGGGGCAAACUUCCUGGCCACUGGAAAGCUGGAAAGCCUCAGUGAGCAGCAGCUUGUUGAUUGCGACCAUAUGUGUGACUCAGAUGAACCUGAUGCAUGCGACCAGGGAUGCAAUGGUGGUCUGAUGACAACCGCAUUCCAGUAUUUACUCAAAUCUGGUGGGCUUGUGCGCGAGGAAGAUUAUCCUUAUACUGGGUCCCAACGUAGCACUUGCAAGUUUGAUAAGUCCAAAAUUGCUGCUUCAGUUCAAAACUUCAGUGUUGUCUCCAUUGACGAAGAUCAAAUUGCUGCUAAUCUUGUGAAACAUGGCCCCCUUGCAAUUGGUAUAAAUGCAGUGUACAUGCAAACAUAUAUUGGAGGAGUUUCAUGUCCUUAUAUCUGUGGAAGGCAUUUGGAUCAUGGAGUGCUUCUGGUUGGUUAUGGUUCUGCUGGUUAUUCUCCAAUUCGCCUCAAGCAAAAACCCUUUUGGAUCAUAAAGAACUCAUGGGGCGAAACCUGGGGAGAGAAGGGUUACUAUAAGAUCUGCAGGGGUCGCAAUGUAUGCGGUGUCGAUUCCAUGGUCUCUACAGUCACUGCCAUUAACACUCAACAAGAUCAGUAACCAAUUUGACUUGUGCACGGUAUAGCCGAUGCAUUGAUUGACGCAUAGGGGCGCAGUGGUACACCUCAUUUGUGAUAUCAAGUGGACCUGUUUAGUAUCUUGAACACAUGAAAUAAUUGUGACCUCUUUGCCAUAUGCUACUUAUCUGCAAACUCUAGACUAUGAUAUGUUUAUGGCUAAGUAUGUUGUGACUUUUAUUUUGCUUUAUCAGCUGUACAUAAAGAUGCUUUCAUA